CAAGGUAAUCCCCUUUGGCAGCCGACAGCCUUGUCUCCUCUCCUUUUCAUCUCUUUCGACAAAGUCUGUCACACACCCUCCCUGUCUUGCGUGCAGCAAAGGGAUCAAACGGCAAAGGUCUGAAGCCAUGCACGCAGAAGCAUUUAAAUGGCAGAGCUGCCCGUCCCAUCAGUCAAACUCCAUCGCAUCAAGUCUGUCUUUUCCAAUCAUCCCCAGGGUAUUUUCAACAAUGCGUUCCACACUCGUUCCCGCUCUUUUGGCUUGGGCCUCCGGCGUUGCCGCUCAUGCGGUGCGGCAUGCUCCUCCUCCUCCCCCUCCUCCUCCUCCUGCCUAUGGCGCGUAUGGCCAGCCUUCUAGCUAUGCUCAGCCCUCUAGCUAUGCUCAACCUUCCGCUUAUGGUCAGCCGUCUGGAUAUGCUCCGCCCUCUGGCUAUGCUCCGCCCUCCACGGUGACGGUGACGGUGACCAUGGCUGCGAAUGGUGAGUGAACGCUUGUUCGAGAAUCGAGCUCGAGGCUAACGACACCAACAGCAACAAAUGCAACCAUCUGUUCCUGCCCGCUAAAGACCAUCUUCACCACCACGCUGAACAGAUAUCUCAACUGCACCACCACGCCUUAUCCUCCUCCACCCGGC